AUGCCCAACCCGCCGCGCAUCCAAGUCAACAACCUCUCCUACACAUUCCCCGACUACUCAACCGGUGUGCGCGACAUCACGCUCGACCUGCCGCCGCGCUCCCGCACGCUCCUCAUCGGGGCCAACGGCGCGGGCAAGACGACGCUCCUCCGCCUCCUCGCCGGCAAGCGCCUCUCGCCCUCCAACACCAUCGCCAUCUGCGGCGUCGACCCCUUCAAGGAGUCCCUCGAGGGCGUGACGUACCUCGGCCUCGAAUGGGUCCUCAACCCCAUUGUCCGCAACGACAUUGGCGUCGUCGAGCUCCUGCGCUCCGUCGGCGGCGACGCCUACCCCCAGCGCCGGGACGAGCUCGUCUCCCUGCUCGACAUCGACACCCACUGGCGCAUGCAUGCCGUGUCGGACGGCGAGCGCCGCCGCGUCCAGCUCGCCAUGGGCCUCGUGCGGCCCUGGACCGUCCUCCUGCUCGAUGAGAUCACCGUCGACCUCGACGUCCUCAGCCGCGCCGACUUCCUCGCCUGGCUGAAGCGCGAAACCGCCCAGCGCGAGUGCACCAUCGUCUACGCCACCCACAUCCUCGACAACCUCGCCGGCUGGCCCACCCACCUGGUGCACAUGCACCUCGGCGCCGUCAAGCAGUGCGACGACGCCGACCGCAUCCUCGACGGCAUCGGCGCCACCGUCGCCCGCUCCGGCAACAGCCGCCUUGGCGAGCUGGUCCUCCGCUGGCUCAAGGACGAUCUCGAGGCCAGAGGGCCGCGGAGCGACCUCCACCUCGGGUCAGAGGGCAAGACGUACGGAUUCGGCGGCGUCAAAAUUGGCGGCUACGGCGACGAGUCCAAGCAGAAGGAGACGUAG